AUGGCCUUCUCGCCUAACGGCGCCAACACGGUGGUGUUCAGACGCUUCAUGAAGGUUGGCCAGGUGGCCUACAUCUCCUUUGGACCUCAUGCAGGAAAACUGGUUGCGAUUGUAGAUGUUACUGAUCAGAACAGGGCUUUGGUUGAUGGGCCUUGCACUCAAGCGAGGAGACAGGCCAUGCCUUUCCAGUGCAUGCAGCUCACUGAUUUCAUCCUCAAGUUUCCACACAGUGCCCACCAGAAGUAUGUCCGACAAGACCGGCAGAAGGCAGACAUCAAUACGAAAUGGACAGCCACACAAUGGGCCAAGAAGAUUGAAGCCAGAGAAAGGAAAGCCAACCUGACAGAUUGUGAUCAUUUUAAAGUUAUGAAGGCAAAGAAAAUGAGGAACAGUAGGAUCAAGAAUGAAGUUAGAAAGCUUCAAAAGGCAGCUCUCCUGAAAGCUUCUUCCAAAAAAUCACCUGCUGCUAAUAGUGCUGCUGCUAGAGUUCUAGCAAAAAAGAUGACUGCUGCGGGCAGGAAGGCUCCAGAUCGGAAAGCUCCUGCCUGGAAAGCCGCAGGCCAGAAGGCCGCACCUGCUCCAGAAGCUCAGAAGGGCCAAAAAGCUCCACCCUGGCCUGAUAAAGCACCUUCUCCAAAAGCAUCUGGCAAGAAAGCAUAA